AUGAGGAGAAUCCGGCGCAAUGCCUUUGCCUUGGGCAAAAAAGGCGAUGUCAGCCCGGCGGAUACACUAUCAUCUCCAGAUUACUCACAGGAGGGGGUGUUUGAUAUCGUGCCUUCUAGUCAUGGAGUUGUUUUACCAUCCGACGCAGAAGACGUUGAAAGCGGGAGCCCGUCCUGUUCACACUUGACAGAAGUUCAGGUUCAAGCCUUUAGGGAAGUGUUUGACCUCUUCGACAGCAAUGGCGGGGGAACGAUUGACGCCGAGGAGCUGGAUUUAGCGCUGAAAUCUGUGGAUAUUCACCUAUCACAGGAAGACUUACAAGAAGUAGUGGGCGCCAUGGAUAAAGACGGAAAUGGUGAAAUUGAUUUCUACGAGUUUCUUAACUUGAUGACCAACACGGAGCGGUUUUUAGAAGGAUUGGGUAAGGAUCGUCCAUUUUAG